AUGUUCUUCAUCCAAAUUCUAGUUCGACUAAUUCGUCAUCGAAAAUUUGAGGUUUGUCCGGGUAACAUUUUUUUGGUUGUGUUGUGUUUUGUUUUUUUUAGCUUCUCCUUCUUCAUUUUAUUAUAUAAAUGAAAUGAAUGUCUCUCCUCUCUUGUUUUUCUAUUAUUUUAUUUUUAUCAAGAAAAAUGAAAAUUAUAUAUUCAAAAUGAGCAAAAUUGUUAUUCACACUUUUUUAUUCUUAUUUUUAUUUUUGAAAAUUUCUAUAUGUAGAAGUUGAGCAAUGAAUAAAAUGCACUUAAAAUAGGUCGCAGAUGUGACGAGAAAUUUGUCGGCAUUAGAAAUAGAUGGAUUUCGUUUUUGGUCAUUUACAUAAAAUAAAAUGAUACAUUUUACUCGAUUUAGCUCAACUUUUUUUUUCAAAAUUCACUUGCUUCAUAUAAAUUAUUUUUUUCCCCAGAAAAUUCCUCUUCGCACAAAUGCACAAUUUGCAAAGUAAAAAGCAGGCUUUCGAGGUUGAGGUUCUAUUCAAAGUUUGAUUUUUUCUAGGGCCUUCUGAUUUUCAAAAAAAAAUAUUGAUUUUUUAUAGCAAGCUAAACCAUUCACACUACAUUGCUCAUUGCUCAUGUUAGUGCUGGUUUAUGCGUUCAUUGGAGGAUUCAUUUUUGAUCGAAUCGAAACUGAUGCUCACGCUGAAAUGAAGCGAGCAGAAAGAGAGAAUCGGACAUCUUGCACAUCUCAAAUUCUGUCAAAAAUUGGAAUUGGAACGUGGAGCACAAAUGUGCAAUUUCGAAUGAAUCUUGCGAAUAAAAUUGCAGAUUGUUUUGAAGCAGAGAAGUAUGCAACAAUAAAUUUUUUUUAAUUUUUUUAAAAUUUUUUUUGCAGAGAUGAGAGAAGUGAGUGGAAUUUUGUGACCGCUACACUUUAUGGUUUUGGUAUUGUCACCACUUUGGGUUAUAAUCGGAUAGCUCCGAUAACAUUUACUGGCAGAAUGUUUUGUAUUAUUUAUGGGAUUUGUGGAAUUCCGUUUACAAUGAUUAUAAUUGCUAAUGUUGGACAAUACUUGAAUAAUUUUGCGGGGGAUUCAAGGAGGAAGGUGGGUUGGAAUCUAGAGAAUUUGUUUUAUCUGAGAAACAUUACACAUCUUGAAGUUGAUCUUCGAAAAAGCUUCAUAAUUCCCACAAUUUUCCCAGAUCGAAGCAUAUCGUCAACAACGUCGAAUGUCAAAAGCCUCCCUAGCUGGCAAAGCCUACAAAGAAUCCUCAAUCCAAGUCACCUCUCUAGCUCUCUUAUCAGUUUUCCUCUUAUACGUUGCUGUCGGAGCUCUCCUCCUCCCAGCUCUCAAUGGGGAACUUGAUUUUUUCAACGGUUUAUAUUUCAAUUUUCUCUGCCUCACAGCAAUCGAUUUCGGACAAUUGGUUCCGAUUCGAGUGGAAUUUUUACCCAUUACUUUUCUCUAUGUUUGUAUUGGCUUGGCGAUCACCACUAUUGCUAUUAGUAAGUUAGCCUAACUUAUGAAAAUUAAUUUUUUUUUUGUUCACGGUAGAUAUUGGCUCGGAAUAUAUGAAAAAAUUGCACUAUUGGGGAAAGAAGAUGAAGAAUGUUGCGCAAAACAAAAUAUGGUUUGGUGGAAAAACGUAAUUUUAUUUGUCUAGGCAAUUUUGUUAGAAUUCUUCCUAAUAUAUAUCAUUUUCAGAUUAAAAGUUCGUGAUUUGUUGCACGCGGUCGGAAAAAAAUGUGGCGUCGAACCAUCGGUGAUCGACGCGUUGGACUUGGAAAAUGUUGUUGAGAGGACGAUUGCGAUGCAAGAGGGAAGAGAACCUCCGGAGGAUUUGAAUGAUGAGCCACCGAGGGAACCAUCACCAAGAUCGAUUAUUCAUUCACCGUGUCAACCAAGACCACCAAUGACGCCACCAAGUCCAAGGGAAGAUCAGCCGUUUAUUUUUAGAUUGUAAGAAGGGGGAAGGUCUAGGAUUUGAUCCUAGAUUUUGAAAAUAUGGGUUUCCCCCCAAUUAAAAAACAGUGAAAUUGAUUUUCAAAAUUCAAAAAAAUUGCAAGCAAACACCGUGACGCACUUUUUCAACUGUUAAAAAAAACCCGCGAAAAUGUGUAAACUUCAAAUUUUGGACUAUUAGAAUUUGACCAUGAAAAUAGAACUCUUCAAAUUGGAGUUAUCCUAACUAUUUAGAAAUUGAAAAUUUUAGGCUUUUUUUGAAAAAAAAGUACAAACUUUGUACUUUUUAUUUUUGUUUUUCUUGAAAAUUUUUUCAAUCAUCAUAAAAAUUUACAUUUUCUGAAUCUUUCAAAAAAAAUUUCAACACAAAAAAAUAUUUGCAGAGACUCUAGAGAAUCACGAGAACCCCGAGAAGCUCCAAAAUUCCCCACAUUCUCCAAACCUUUGCCAGCUUAUGAAUUGGAUAUCAAAAAACCGAUUCUUCAAGCUCUAUCACAUGAAUCAUUUCAAUCAGCGCAAGAAAAAAUGUUUGAAAAAAUCGAUGAUUUUCGUGUGGAAUUGAAUAGUCGAGAAGUUGAAGCACCAAAGUGUGAAAGUGUAAUUAUAAUCGAACCACCAACAACGUUUGAAGAUGAGACUGUACAGAAUUGUUUUACUUCAUCAGAACCAUUGGAAAAUGAGGAGAAAGGUACAUAGAAUAUUUCUAUGAAGUGAAAAAAAAAUUCGAUUUUUUUUUCAGUGCCUAAAAGGUUCCGAGAGAAGAAAGAAAUGUAUGGAAGAGAUCCGAGAAAACUUUAUGAAACAUAUCAAGAAGAAUGGGAUCGUUUGGAAAGGUUGUCAGAUAAAAAGUUAGUUUUUUGACUUAUCUAAACUCCAUAGAUUAAGCAGGGUUUCCGGUCAACUGUAUCCUAAAUUCCCAAUAGAAAUAAUACUUUUAUUUUUUGAUUCCAACUAAUUUCUACCUACCGAUCAAUGUGAAAUUAUUGAAUUUCAGCAAAAAUAGGUUCUAACAAGCUAUGAAAUUUUAAAAUUCAAAAAAAAAAUUUUAUAUUUUUUUCUAUUUGAAAUUAGAGACAACGUGAAUUUGAGAGAGUUUAGACAAAAAUAAGGUUUUCGAACUCCGAGACGCAUAUUUUUCCAGACAUGGUCCUCGUCGAAAAUCAGUGCUCAAUCUCUCGUGCUCUCCAGAACGCAGUGUUUCACCACAACCAAAUCGUCUAUCAUUGACUGGAAAUGAGCAUCGCCGUGAUUCCUAA